AUGGUUGAACCUGCCGAGACGAAGUCUCGCCACCAUAGCUGCCCGACGGCCAGGAAUUUGAAAUCUCAUCCCAAAGGGGACCAGCCCUCGUAUACCAUUCGGGUGGCUUUUGAUCGACCGAACGCAUCACAGGCUUUUUUUUCAACCAUAUGUGGAGACGUUGCCCUCACAGAAAUCGUCAGUACUGCUCUGAAACAAAUGAGGCUAGAUCCAACCCAUGCUCACUAUUCGCCACAAGUUCGGCAGUAUGCCAUGGAGCUUGCGCGUUCCGUCCUGCUCUGCAGCAUCAGUCCUAUCGAUCUCACCGAAGAAUCGAAAGUCGUAAUGAAGGAUCUCUUCAAAGAGCAUUUUAAACGUCUUGAUAACGCUCCAGAUGGUUGUACAGCCUACCGUUGUGCGCGAGAAGGAGACCGUUCUAUUCACUCUGAUGCGCUUAUGAUACUGUUCUGUGGUAUUGUUGGUAAGGACUUGCGAAAUAAGUACAUCAAAUUCUUCAAUGCUACCAUUCGGUACCUGGCAUUACAGGCGCUCUUAGAAUUCACUGGAAGAGCUGCUUUGAUGUCUCUGGACCAUCCUGCGCAAUGCAUGGACGGUGGAAUCUUAGUAGAUGCAAUUGUGACCGCUCUUUCGGAUUCUACGAAAGAUUUCUGCCAGUCGGCGAUUGUUGGGCUUCGCCAUAUCAAUGAUGUGUGCAGAGUCGUCAUACCAGAUUUAGAAGUGAUGCCUCGGAUACCUUUUGUGCGUUAUUUGGUUGAAAGUGUUAGCGCUUUGUGCUACGCUUCUUCAUGGUUCGUAAGGCUAGGAGGUGCAAGUGGAUUGAUGUAUUUCAUAGAGAACUAUCCUGACUCCGUGGUUUUCGCGAACAUGAAUGGGUUUAUGGAGAGUCUUGUAGAGGUUCUUGUUGGUAUGACUGAUCAAGUAUCUUGCGGUGCUGUCGAUAUGGCGGUAGGAGCUAUUGAGAAACUGCAAAGACGGUGUCUCACUGGAUGCAAGCUGAAUGAUCCCAAAGUGUCGGUGUUUAUGAGCUGCGUGGCCAGUCAGCUAUUCAGUGGGAGCCAGAAUAUACGGAAUAAGACACUUUCGAUGCUGAAUUUAUGCGCGGAAGUUCUGGGCGAAUCGUUUUCUGCGUUGAUGUAUACAUAUCGACACUUGUUUAAAGCACAUAUUGAACGAGCUAUGGAAGAGUUCAACGUUCUUGCUCUGCUCGACCGUUGUGGUUCCCUAGAAGCACUUUGCACUAUUUUUGUUUGUCAACCGCCUCUUGUUGACGCCUCUAUAGAGUUGAGCAAAACACAGAACUUUAUACGGGAAUUAAUUAGCGUGUGCCAGAUGUCUGUCAGCGAAAUGCUUGAACUUGAUCUCUUCAAAUCGAUGGAAGGGUGCCCUGCACAUUUUUUGCCUCCUUACACUAUUACCGAGAAAGCCGAACACUAUAAGAUUAUGGCUACAAGAGCCCUUGUGGCACUGUACAAAUCGUUAUUACGUGAUAUGGAACGGCGAGGGAUGGAUGUAUCUACGGCCUCUGAGGGACAAGACGGUGACAGUGUGACGCUACAUAAGAUCGCCUGUGUUGCUGUAGAAACAGUUUUGUGUCCUCUUCCAUCAGUUGUUCAGGCAGCCGAAGAAGCACUGAUGCAGAUUGUUCCCAUUGAGGCUAGUUGUGUUCGGACUGUGGGAGAGCACGUCUUUGCUCAGUUCCGGGAUUUGCAUUGCGAACGUCGGAACUCAGAAAGCGUGGCACAACUCUUCAGACUUGUGCGCCUCAACACUUCUCUGUUCGACAACGCUUUAGCGACAAACCUUGUGGCUUACAUAUGUGGACAUGUAUCCCGCUUGCCAUCUGAAAAUUCGUCCACUGCUAAUCCACAUUUGGAUGGUCAAGAUGUUGAGGCAAUCACCCAGGCCGUUCGACUGCUACUCCUUGUCGACACAGCAUCUGUCUCCCAUCUAGCUACAGAUCUCGCUUCAUUCAUUGCGUACUUUGAUCAUCAUUACUGCACAAGUGCCUACGAUGCUUGGAUCCCUCCGUUGGCCACUUUACUAUCCCGCUACGCUCGUGAUUCGAUGACAUUCUUUUUAUCCGAGGACUCUGUAGCGAUGCCGUGUAGAAGGGCUUUAUUAAGAAAGCUUAUCAAAGAUGAGGAGUGCGGUCCAAUUCGUACACUCUUGAUGGAAGACUCUUCUUAUUUUGUGAAUAUGCUAGAAAAUAAAGUCAUGGGCCCAUCGGGUGAAUGGAGAGAAGCAUCUGAUGCUCAUCAAAGUGAGAACGAUAUCAUGGAACGUGAGAUGCUUUGCCUCCAUAUUAUCGAUGCUGUUUCGCGGAGAAACGUCCAAUGGUUUGCAGGAGCACGAGAACUCAUUCUCAAACUGAGACAGUUGUGGAACAAUGCCGAUUUCAAAGCUCGCUACGUAGUACAUGCUCCAUGUGACAAAGAUCUUCUUGAAUUGACCAUAAAAAUGAUGACAGAGCACAAGUACAAGGUCCCUAGGCUCAUAGUCAACUGUUUCAUCCGCUACUACAGACAUAACAACAACGACCUUGAUCUUCUAUGUGAUAUACUAUUCGUAUUUAUCGGCCGCUAUGUGACAGAUUUUUGCUUUGUUCGAGAGUUCCUCGAAAAAGAAGUGAUCCCUGCAUAUUCUAUGGAAUGGCGCCGGAAGCUUUUUUCGUUUGUACUUGAAAAGUUCGAAGCAGGUGGUUCUACCGUGAUCAAGGAUCUUUUGUACGUGAAAAUCCUUCAGUAUGUGUUGAUCCCAAGUCUUCAAUGGGCCUUCGAACGUUACAAUGUAGACGAGAUCCUUGGAGUUCUUCAAAACCCACAAGAUCAGCCGGAAAUGGAUCCAGACGAUCUUGUUUACCGUUUGGCGCAUAUCAUCGAUCAGAGUCGACAAGUGAUGAGCGAUGGUAUUGUGAUUGCAUUGUACCAGCUUAGUACGUUACUAGUCAAAUAUGCUCCUCGCCACGUUCAUAAUAACGACUCCAAGAAACACGGCUGGCGCCUCCGAGUAUUCAUGUUGUUCGCAUGGUCAUGUCUUACUGCGUCAAAUAGACAGGACGCCACGCUUCGUUAUACAGGAUUUUUAUUCAUUUCUCACAUUUGCCAAAAAUUCCUCAUCAACAGAAAAAUUGUGCUGCAAGUUUUCCAAAGUCUUUGCGGAUCUUAUCAGUAUGACAGUCGUGAACUUGUUCGCCGAGCAGCCGAUGUUGUAACUGCGGCGAUGCCUAUUAGGAUGGAAGAUGGGCAUCAGCAAAUGUUCAUAAAUGUGAAGCGAGUGCUAUGCGAAGAGGCACACAGCCUAGCACAUAUUCAACACAUAGUGAGCAUGAUAGUACGGAAUUAUCGUUCCUACUUCUCUUGCCGCCAUGCUCUCUUCAAGCCGCUGAUGAGUGCUGUUCGUCGCGUGAUCAGUACUCCUAAUUCUGCAAUGGACGGAGUAAUGACGAGAAAGUUAGCGUUAGAUGUCUGUGAGAUGGUGAUCAAAUGGGAGUUGUUACGACUGCAAAAGGUGGAGCAGUUGACUCAAGGACUGACUUCUCACGAUGAUGAGCUUGACACUCUUCUGAACGAUUCGAAUGGUUCACGUCCCACAGCAGCAGCGUCGUGCGACCCAUACUCCACCAACGUCCCAGCAGAAUUUGACGAUCAGUUGUACAAACAAAUGUCGAAAGAAUGUGUUGAUGAAGUUGUAGCCAUGUUGCUCAAAUUCGCAAUUCAGCCGACUUCGCCUGUGCAACCUCACCAACUUCAUCAAGCAACUAUUGAAAAUGGUAAACGAAGUAUCGGUCUGAUGAAACAAUGCCUCAAGUCAGCGGUGUGGGGAGAUGUGGUCACAAUCAAAGUAGGAUGGCUCGAAAAAGAGCUGACUGUUCCUCCAGAGUCUCUUGUUCGGCAAGAAAACCAGUCGCAGUUGGCACAGUCGAUAGCACAAGCUCAACAAGCGCUCGAAGUUGUCAUUAACCUUGUGGCGAUUAUGCCAAAGCCUCUGCUGUUGCAAACGAUUCGUCCUAUUCAAAGAGCGAUCAUAUCUUGCCUCAACAGUGGACAUGGAGCGCUUAUCCGUCUCGUCAACGUCCUCGUAGCAAAGUUGUUUGAGAAAUCAAAUUGUUCCAUGACUGGCAUGUACGAGUUUGAAAUCCUAAACCAAUUCAUCUCCAAAUAUUUGAACGACCAUUUCAACUCCUACGUGAAGUCGUCAACAUGCCUAGUCAUGAACGCAUUCACUGCAUUUUCACUUCUUCGAGUGAUCUGUAGUCAGCAAUCAGGCUACCUCGAUGCAAUGUGUCUACAAGCGUAUAUCAAGGUGCUGGAGAAGGCUGUGAGAGAGCACAUCAUGCAUGUCACUGAGCAAGGAGAAACGACAAGAGAGAAGAUGGCAACAGCUGAAAUGAUCGCAAUGGCUUUGGAAUUGCUGCGUCCUAGAAUUGAAGCGAUAUCGGCUGAAGCGAAGCGUACCAUCUGUCAGAACGUUCUUCUUCCACUUAUUGAGAGAUCCUCUUUCGAGAAAAUAAUUGAUGUUGUGCUUCGCGUUGUCUCCGAGUUGGUGGUUACUCAUCGCGAUGAGCAUUCGGCGAAUCCUGGGCUCCCAUUACUUGUGCGAUUACAAAGUGUUGUGGAGAAACGAUACAGGUUGAACGGUGAAUUGAUGAAGAUGUUCCUCAAAGUCGUGCUCUUCGUAUUUGAACAUCCUCUUUUACUAACAUCUGACUAUGCUGAGAAGCUGGAAGACGCCUUUCACUGGGGUCUCACAACGCAGGAUCGAGAACUCCGCGAGAAAUUCCUACUUGUUUUCGAGCGGAACCUAGCGAUGAAUCCAUUGGCCCGCCUGUCCUAUAUCCUCCGCGAAAAGGACUGGGAACCAUUCCGUGACUACUUUUGGCUUCGCCAUGCUUUAUGGCUGCUUUUAAGAUGCAUCCCUCCCUCUGGAAGCAAUGGGUCAGGUCAUCGAAGAGUGUUUAUUGACAGUUCUGCUACUCUUUGGAGAACAAUGGUGGCGGUAGGUGGCUUCCGUCCUUCUCCUCAAGCUACUGAUAUGGAGUCAGAUAUCGAUAGGGCUGCGCCUUCUGCGACUAACAGCAUCAAUAUUACUAAAGAAGGAAGAAGUGAUGAACCUAUGGACACAGACCAAGAGAACAGUGGUAGUUCUGAAACAAACCUGUCAACUCGUUUGGAUAUUCUGCUUGAAGAUCAAAAGAGUUUAAUGAUUGAGGCUGCUUCUUUCGAUUUCUCAUCUGCAAUCGACAGCGUCAUUGGACUUGUUUUCUCCGUUCAAGAUGAUGUGUCCUUCGUUGGGGAUAUGUUCUCACAUUUGUUUAAUUCACUAUGGGUUUCAAUGAGCGAUGAAGAGAGAAAUUUCAUUGGAGGACUGGCAGUCCCAUUUAUGACGUCUGGUGUUCACAUACAACAAGCGCACGCAGUGCAUCCUGUCAUCAGCAUUUUUCUGGAAACUUUUGCACGCUGCAACCCUCCAAUUCUUAUUGGGCCUCGAGCUACCGAAUUCAUUUCGCGACAUUACCACGCGUGGCAUCGUGGAAUACUUCUGCUGGAAAAUCAAGCCUUGUGUAUCCCACGAAUGCUAGAUAACCCAGCGUGCAUACAAUUGCCUUUAGACCCUCUCCUUCAGGAACGUUUGGAUGUAUUGGACUAUCUGCGAUCUCUUUACUCCGAACUAGCUGAAUUUGACCAGUCUGCAGCUGUUUGGAGUCAUCGGGCCCUCACCGUAGAUACCGUGAAGAUGUUGGCUAUGAUGCAGCUGGGCGAUAUUGAGGACGCACUGGAACAUGGGCAAACUACUGCAAGCUCGAUGCUGCAUAAGAUGGAAAAUCAACUUGGAAAAAAUCCUAUAGGAGAGGCAGCCGCGAAAGAAUAUGAAUUUCUUGAUGACGCAUAUAUUCAGUGCACAAGAGAGCUAUGCCGUUGGCGAGUACUUUGUGAAAUCGCAAAAAAUCCCCAUGUUGAAAAUCCAGAACUUCUACUGGAAGCUGCUGUUCAUCUACCGGAUUGGUACCUUGCUCGUCAAUGUCGGGACCAGAUUCUGGCUUGUACUCGUCCAGAUUUCGUCAUUCAGAGCAUCACCUUUGGAGCAAUGCUGGGUGUUUUGGGUGAUCCGGAGGAUGGACCGCUUGUACCAGCCAAAAAAUUGGUAGACGAUGUAACCCAAGCAUUGGUGGUUGGAUGGCGAGUCCUUCCGCCUAUCUUAACUCAUGCACACGUCAAACUGCUUCAGUCUAUGACUAUGAUUCGAGAAGUUGGAGAUGUCCUAGAUUUAAAACGAGCACUAGAUGUUGGUAAUCAGAAUUGUGGCGCGGUUAUGCAAGAGAUGAAGACUGUCAUUAAAAUUUGGAGGUCUCGCACCUACUCGCUUUCUGAUGAAAUGUCUUUCAUUUCACUUAUGUAUGACUGGCGGAGUCAAAUUCAUGCAAUGAUGGUCCAAAGAUUUCAUGACUGGGAACGCAGUGGAAUUGUGAUGCCUCCUGGAAUGAAUCCUCAAGCGAUAUUACCCAUCCAUUCUGCAGCUACAGGACAGCUUUUAUUAGCGAGAGCUGCACGAGAAAGAGGCAUGGACCACAUGGCGAUAAGAACAUUGAACAAGCUGCACACUUUGAUCACACUUCCCAUGAUGGAUUGUCAUCAAAAAGUGAUUGAUCACUUGAAAACGCUGCGGAGAUUGGCCAAAAAGCAUUCCACCACUGCACAGCAAAAAAUGGAUCUUCUUCAGGAGUCACUUUUGAUAACUGAAGCAGCUCGUAUUGAAGAUUUCUCGCGUGAUCAGUGCUGUCGCCUCUUCUAUCAGAAGGGGGCCAUUCUCAGCCAACUUGAAAGGAAUGAUGAUGCUAUGCACGCUUUUUCUGCAGCUGCAGCUAUGAUCGAUCCUACCAAUUCUCCACCAAUGAAUACCGCUUGCAAUAUGUUCAAAACUUGGGCUCAUCACCUUGAUAACUUGUUUCAUAGCGAAGUACAUGAAGCUUCUGCAAUGUCUCGGGGCUCACCAGCGAUCAACUGUUACUUUGAGGCCGCUAGAGUGGAAAAUGAGACCAGGGCACGGAAAUACAUUGCUAGAAUAUUGUGGACAGCGAAACAUGUGGUUGCUUGCGGAAUAUUUUCUGCCGUGGGAUUGGAUCAGGUGUUGAAGGAUCGAGCACGAUCCAUUGUUCCCUUUAAUUGGCUUCCUUGGCUUCCACAGCUAAUGACAGAACUACAAGAAAGACCUUCAUCGGGAUUCAUACAUGUCGUAGAGAGGAUAGCCUCUGCAUAUCCUCUUUUGGUUGUUUCUGCACUUCGACCUCUACUUAAUCCUAAAAUGGUUGAGGAAUUGAUCGAAAGAGUGUGGAAGAAAGAGCCUAUCCCGGCAUUGCCUGACGAUCAUGGAUCCACUACUCUCUUCAAAGUUCUGGAGAAGGCGUGUAAAUCUCGUUUGACUGACGUUCGGAUGUGGAAUCGGCUUCUAGAUGGCUUUUCGAGCAUGCGUGAGUUCUGGGCAGAGAAACAUCUGCGUUAUGCUUCACAGUUAAAGGAUGACAUUCUUAGAUGUUUAUAUGAUGCCCGCGCCACCCGCUUGGAAACAGCAAAAUUAGACGAAAAGACUAUGGCAACCAUUUCGCUCUGGUGUUUUGAAUUGAAAAAGGACAUCUCUGAUGACAUUCUUUGUGAAUAUGAAGUCCCGUCAUCAUCUCGUCACGCAUUACCUCUUCAAACGGAGGAGCAGUUUGUCGAAGAGUUUCGUGCAGAGGUGCUGGAAAUUCUUGAUGCUCCUCUUCCUAUCGGUUCUUCUCUCCUUAAGCUUGCCGAAAGUGUUAUUAAAUGGCAAACUAAGUUACAUAACCGUUUGUAUUCUUUGCCAAGGCGUUAUCCUAUCAGAUUAUCGAGCAAAUGCCUCGCUGAGUACAGCAAUACUAUGGCUUGUAUUGAAAUACCGUCGUCAUUCAAUGCUAAUGUCACUAAGCAGUACCAGUACGUAACUCUGAUUGCUCGAUUUAACCCACACGUAGAAGUCGUUGUUAGAGGUGGUCGCGUGAUGAAAAAGUUGCAAAUAAUGGCUGUUAACGGAAAGACGAGCGUUUAUUAUCUACAACGGUCUGUCUUCAAGGAGAAAACUAACUGUUGCCAACAGUAUCUACAAAUUGUCAAAACGUUAUUGGUCAAAGAACGAGAAACUGCACGUCGUCAUCUGUUUGUGUUCACUCCCACUCAGCUUGUUGUGUCGGCACACGCCCUCCUUAUGGAUUGUGGAGGCGCUUAUUCUAUGAGUUCUGUUGCUACGAAACCACAUAUAUUCGACAUGAUUCGUCCACUUGAUGUGUUUGCGGAAUACGGGAUGACCUUCGGGAUGAGACCUGAUGAUGCCAUCACUAUGUUCUACGAUAGAAUAGCAGCUUCUGAAGGAUGUCUUGAUACAAUCAUGUUAGAUACCUAUAGAGGGUUCGUGGUGGAGAACUUUAUUGGACCAUCUAUUCUCCAGAACUAUGUGUUGGAACGAUUUACCGACCCUACUUAUUAUUACUUAUUCCGGAAAAGGGUUGCUCAACAAUUGGCUGUUGUCAGUGUGUUAGAAUUACUAGUACGCUUGUCUCCUCUUUUCCUGGAUGACGUCUAUAUUCGCACCUCUACAGCUCAACUAGCUGCACCUAGAUAUACUUUUGCUUUGGACAUAGGAAUUGAGAGGAAAGUGCCAUUCCGGUUAACACCAAAUCUACAGUGGUUCCUCGGUAUGACUUUAGAAGGAGACUACCUUUGGGCUGCCGCUGCUGUUAUCCGAUGUUUGUUUCGCCGUGACCAACAUCUUCUGCUUCGUCCUCUGAUUUUGGACGAAGUGAUCGUCAGAGGAAACCACGACCAGGUUAGUGCCUGUGCAGAUGCCAAUGAUUUCAUGAAAAAACUUGUGGCUGAAACAACAAGAAUGGCAUCGCAAGAGGCGGGAGCAUUGCAAGACGAACUUUACUCUGCCAUUGAAAGGGCACGAAGUCAGGAAAAUCUUUCACAGAUGGAUCCGAGGUGGCACCCUUGGUUCUAG